AUGGCGUGGAAGAAUGAAGAAGGGAAAGUUCUAUUCAAAUCCAUCCUAACAAAACAGAGCAUGGAUAAGCGCAUGUGCCUGGACAUGGACGCCGUCGCGCGGCGUAUUCAGCGCACCAAUGUGCUCACAAUCCGUGGCUCGGCUGACGGCGAAAACGCUGUCGCUAAGGCGAACAAGUUUUCAGCCAUUCGGCUCCACGACGUGGCCAUCAUCGAUGGGGCGGACCACCACUUCAGCAACCUGGAGCACGGGGCGGCUUUGGUGGACGAACUUGUGGAGUUCUUGACGCGGGGUGUGUGA